UCAAAUGGGAGCUAAAAUGGUGAGAGACAAAAGAAGACAAACAACAGCAACGCAAAAGAAAGCAAGUGGAGUCCUCAAGGAGGGAUUAAUAGGUGAAAGCUUCAAACCGAAAUGCCAGAACUUAUACUUGAACAGUCCAAACAGAGUAUUAAUGGUUGUUAAUGCACUGGAUGCUUCAUCAAGAGGAACCUGCAA